AUGUUGGGUGAUGACGACAUGCGAGUUAUAUUUCACAGUCAAGCAAGAUUUCCCGACUUAGGCGCGCUGGAGUUGUUUGCCAGAAUGGUUGACGUGGAGGGCAGCAACGGGGCAUCUGCCCCGAAUUCUCCCAAUGGCGUCAUAGAAGGGACUUCUACCGCCGUUCCAACAAGGCAACCGGCGACUCCCUUUGUUUUGUCCCCAUCUUUUACUGCUGAUUUGCCUGUCCUGGGUGAUGACUUGUGUGAUGGGCGUAGCUUCGGCCAGCUUGCAGCUGCGAUGGGAUCUGCACCUGUAGUAGAUGGUGCACCCACAUUCAUGGAGGUAAGAGAGAGAGAUCAGUUUGCGGAGGCUAUAGGUGAUGAUGGGUCAGAUUCGGAGCCACCAAUUAUUGGUGAUGAGAGCGACAGCGAAGAGGACACCGCAGUUGCCGGGGGAGCUCAAACCCAUGGUAGCAGUGGUACACAGCGGUACCCUCGACACUUUACCACGUUGGACCUUGAAGCAAUGAACCAAGCUACAAAUGUAGAUCAGCAACACCCUGUCAUUCACGGAGAAAGACCUAGCGUGAUUGGCACGGACGAGUUUGAGGUCGGGCAACGGUUUGAAACAAAAGAGAAAGCUGUAAUGACAAUCAAGAGUUAUAAUAUUCGGCGUGGUGUAGAGUAUAAAGUGUUUGAGUCCGACCAAUUGAAGUAUCAUGGGAAGUGCGUCCAGUUCGGGAAUGGUUGUAACUGGCUGAUCCGUGUCACUAUGAGGCAGAGGAAAGGCUACUGGAAAGUCAGAAAGUACAAUGGACCACACACGUGUCUAGAAAUGGAGAUAUCGACGGAUCACAGGCAGCUCGAUUACCAUGUCAUAUGUGCCUCGAUUCUAUCGUUGGUUAUGGUUGAUGCAUCGGUCUUGGUUUAG